AUGGUUCGAUUAGAUAUUUAUUUCGAUUAAAAUUCGCAAUAAUAUAUUUUUCAUAUAGAAGCGUGGUUACGCGUGCAACUUCCUAUAUGUGUGAACUAAGUUGUCUAGAAAUAUUAUAUAUGUGUCACGUUUCAAUGUUUUAUCUUAAUAUCUGGUAUCGCGCGGCCGAUUGAAUAACGAUGGCAGCAACGAACGCAAGGCAUUAUUGCUAAUCAGAAUUACGAUCAUAUCCCGAUUAAGAGUUUCUAGAGUGCCUGCAUAUUUUCAAAUGAAAACAUAAAUCUAGUCUGGCGCAUAAACUUGGCCAUAUUGAGUAUAGAAAGAUACUCUAAACCGAUCGACAAACGUUGAUGAAAAGUAAAUUAAGAAAGCUUACGGCCAAAGGGAGGAGAAAGCUCCAGGAUGAGGCUCUAUAAGGCUAGGCCGUACCUCCAACGGCAUGAGAAGAGCAUCAAGCGCUACCGUUGUUGUAUUGUCGACAGUUGAAACGAGCUUGUGCAUUCACAAUUUCACUCGAGCUGCGACUGAAUGUAUUAAAUGUUAAAACUGUUAUAGAAAAAAAAAAAAAAAAGAUCAUAGAACAACAAAAACAACAAAUAUAUAAAAAGCAAACAUAUUUUGUAAAAAAGCAGCGAACAAAUGCUGCUGUUGUUGGCACCACCCAUACAUAUGCCCGUAGCAUUUGAUUGAAAUAUAAAGCAGAGUUCAGACACAAAAAGUCAAAAACAUAAUCUCCUUCAAUCAAAAUUAAAAAAAGAAAUAGCAGCGAAAAACAAAAGCAAAGCAAAGUCCCAGACAACACGAAAAGUCUUAACGUUUUCUCAAUGCUUAACGGUAUCUCAUCACUCCCAUACAAACCUAAGAAGGGAUUAUGUGUGCAAUAAUCAACAUAAGGACAUUCUCAUGUACGACAAAUCAAAGAAAACGUGGAGUCAACGGCUCAAAAUCCAAAAAAACGAAAAAUCUCAAACAUCGACAACCUCAUCGGUAACGAAUACGAAUAGUUUCUCUACACCAUCAACGAAAGCAGCAGCACAUGUUGCUCAUAAUGUCCGCAACGGACCGACGCUUCCUUCACGACUUCCAACUACACAGCGAUCAGCCGCUACAGUACCAUCAUCUGCAACAUCGCCAAUAAGCGUAAUGCAUUUGCCAACAGCUUUGCAACUAGGUUACAAUCAUACUAGCGCAGGAGCCAACACUGUAGCAUACGAGUAUCUGCCUAGUGCUCUGACUCGUUCGACAAAAUAUGCCGAACCUUGGAUAUACAGCACGGUUAGGGGUAUACCAGCCCGUCCCUCUGGUUUAUAUCAUAACUAUCAUCAGCACGUUGCAGCUUCUGGAUAUGCUACCAGUCAUCCCCAUGCAGCGGCCAUAUUUGCAACGCCCCCAAUGACGGCCACUGCUGAGGCAACUGCAGUAGCUGUUGUAAUAUGUUCGUGUCCCGAGUACCUGAACGGCACUAAACGCCGUGAUAUUAAGAAGGCGACCGUUUGUAAGAAAUGCAAAGGCACACGUUUACCACUAGCAAAUAUAGGAGGCACCGUCCGUAUACAUGGGACACCCCCCGGGGGAGCGGUCUUAUUAAAUGCUGCUAAAUUAAGACCGGCUGGAUCAGCAGCUACCGUACGCGUAGUGAGUACAACGAAAAAAACAAGACCUUCAAUAUUAGAUCCACAAAGGGACCCGUAUGAUUUGAUGCGUCGCACGCGUUUAUUAUCACCCGAACCAGGAUGUUCCAAGUCGCCUCUUGCCAAUCAUUCUAGCAGCAGCAGCAGCAGCAGCAAAGAUAAAUCACGCAAUCGAUUACGAAGUACAAGUCCCCCCAGGGGACGAACCAGAUUACGUCCACAGAAAUCUCUCUCUGUUGAUGACCCGAACAAAAACGCACUUAAACUUGAUGAAAGCUGGCUCACAGAAUCCGAAGACACAAUGUCAACAAUCUCUACAAGUAGUACAAGACGUUCUAUACUACGCUGCAAUGUUAAUCCUUACGAUCUGAUCUCAAUUGACAACCAACUCUCAGCGACUUCUGAUUGUUUACAAAAUUCAGGUGAAACCGUCGUCGCCAAUUAUACUGAACCUCCUAUAGCAAAUUCAGGGAGGAAUCAAAAGGCGACCAACACUCCAGUGAAGACGCGGGAAAUGCAAAAUGAUCAAUUCAAUGUCAAUGAUGCCGCUUUAAGCGAGGAGCCACCACCUUUUCGGGUUCAAACGAAAGUAGACGCAAGGUCAAAACCCCAAGCCGUUGUCGCCACUAAGACCAAAACUAAUAACAAAAAAACAAAUAAUAAGCCCAACUAUUCAAAUAUUCAGGCUAUUGCUGGUCAACGUAUCAGUUUGGGUGAACAAAAAUCGGCUCGUAAGUCUUUACUGCAACAAACUGCCGACGGUAACAGCUCUUAUGAAAGUUUUGUGAUAGAGAAUGAUAUGAAGAAAGGUGGAAAUGAGGUUGAAAAAAUAUCAACUAAACAAAGACCUGAUACUUUGAAAGUGCAUCAAAAUGCAUCAAAUCCCGAAUCUAGAAGAUUACUAUACGGCAAUAAAGUAGAGGAGGAAACCUCUAGUAAUAAAGAUACGUCAUCAAGCACAACAGCAGAUAUAGCUGAGAAAGAACAUACCGUUACAGUCACCGUAACACCCACCCAUAAUAUAAAAUCGAUUUUGAAGCGACCAUCAUCGAAAGUAAACGAUACGACAGAAAUAGCAAUGCCGAAGGUAGAACAGCGUUCUCCAUCUGCUAGCUACCAGCAUAAAGACAUUUCGAAAACCCAACCAACACCUAUCGGCUCAAAGCUAAAUCGAGUCUCCUCGAACUCUGCAGCGUUCCCCCCUUCAACGCCUACUGCCAAUUCACAAUUUUAUAUACCAUUGCCACAAGCUCGCAAAAAAGUUCAGUUCAUGGUAGAAGAUAAAAUCGCUAUAGUCAAGCAGCAUCAAGAUAUUAAUGAAGAUUCAAGUUCUACGGAAAAUGAAGACGAUAAUCAAGCGCAAGAAAAUUCGUUUUCUCCCACGUCCGUUAACGCAGCUGCCAAUUAUGAGUACUACAGUAAAAAACGGGAACAAAGCAAACUUUUACAUUACGAUGCACAAGAAACUUCUUCGCCACAACUCUCCAGAGACACAGAGACUGAGUGCAUAACCUAUGAUGAACAAUUCAUACAAGCUAUGCUGCUCGAAAAAUUACAACUUGACUCCAAGCUAGUGACCCAAAAGGCUGCAGCAGACGCAGCAAUGCUGGUAGCUACAACAGUAACGUCAACGCCAACACCAACACCAACACCAACACCAACAACAACACCAAUAACAACAACGACAACAACAACAAUGAUAACGACAAUAACCUCACCAGACAACAACGGAACCAACAAAGUAGAAGAUGCUGAACACGUUACCAUAACUGUAGGCAACAAUAAAACAGAUUACGAAGAUGUAUUUCCUAAUGGAAUAUCAACAAAAAUUCUACACAAAACUGAAACUGUAACAGAAAAUGCAAACAACAAACAUACCGAUAACAAAUCCGAAAUACAGCAUCAGCAGAAACAACAAAAACAACAACAACAACAACAACAACAACAACAGCAAAUUAUAAAUGAAAAACACUAUAACGUUGAUAAAACAUCAUUUACAGCAAGUGAAUCAACGUCACCGUUACCACUGCAUGUCAUAGAUAGUAAAGUUGACGACAAGAACCAUGAGGUCUAUAUGCCAUCUAAAGGCAACAAUGAUGAUGGCUGUGCUGCUGAUGAUAAUGAUGAUGGCAAUCGUGAUGGUAACGGUGAUGAAAACGAUAAUAAUGAACGAAAAUUUGAAAUGGGUGACACUGAUGAUGUUUAUGAUGAUCAUUACAACAAUCUUGUUGAUAACUCUGUCACUAACACUAACAGUUCAAAAAUUACAAAUACAGCCGGUAAAGAUGAAAUGACCCACACUGAUAAUGUAACUGAUGAUAGCAUCAGCAUCAGCAAUAAUGAUAAUGAUAACAGCAUUAAUGUGCCGAAAGCUCAACUUUAUGGAGCUAAAAUGUCAACGACAGAAAAUGAUACUGACGAUAUUGCCAUCGAAUUUCGAGAAGGGGAAGGAAAGCAGCAGAAAAACUCUACAAGCAUUAGAAAGGAUAUGCAAACACUUGAGGCAACCGAUAAGAAGACCAUAAACACAAAACCACAAGUCACACAAACACGCUGCACAGCAGUCAGACGCUCGCAGAGUGAAAGGCAACCGUCAUAUCAUCAUCAUCAUCAUCAUCAACAACAACGUCACCUUCUUAGCAACAAUAGAAGCAGCAGCAAGGACAUUAAUAAAUUGACAAUAGUUGAAUAUAUUUGUUAUAAUGAAAGUUGCAAAGAAAACGGUGAAAUGGAUCCUCCCACCUGCACUUCAAUAAGUGUAAAUUUUAAAGACACAAUGGCAUUACGUUGUCGUCCAAGCCGUAGCGAUGCUAGAGAUUUAUUUGGAAGACCUCGAGAGCCACCUCCACCGCCACCAUUGCCAACAGCAUCAUCGCAUGCAACAGUGUUAACUGCGAGUAAGCCAUUAACAAUGAAUACAUCUAAACCAAAUGUUACGCCACAAAUGCCUACAGCUGUCGAUGCAUAUAAGGAAGAGGAGCAAACAAUUGAAUCAUCAUCACCAAACCCUUCGUUCAUUCAGCCAACUAAUAAGGGAGAUUUAUUACAACGGCACCAUGAAGAACGUCAAACAAUUGAUGGUAACGAUUCUACAUUGCAAUCCUUAGUAUCCUCGUCAGGAAUCAACGAAGUUAACUUGCCAUCAGAUAACAAAGACGGGAAAGAACAAUUGCUGCCACAAAAUAUUCAAAAUUUAAACAAAACAAAAACUUUUAUAAGCAACACAACGACUACAAUGAUAAACCCGUUUGACUCUCCCACAAUCGUGACAGCAGUUACCUCGACACCGCAAAAAUCUAAACCACAGCGUACGGUGGUACGUGUGGCGCCAUUUAAUAAAAAUUUACAAGAAAUUCAUCGUUUAAAAAUAACACACACCGAUCCCGUUCUAACGCCUCAAAUACUUCACUCUGACUGGUACUCGCAUACCAAUGGAAGUUUCUAUGAUACCUCAUCAGACUGCGGGCAAAAGAAAACAUCAAUUCUAAUAAAUGGAGAUGAUUGUUACUCCACAAUAAAUUUGAGCUGUGAUGAUGCCUCUACACCUCUCUAUCAAUCCUCAGUGGUCGUAACGGACGGUUCGGUUGCAAAGCUAGAAGAACACGAAGGUCUUAGGGUUAUCAGCAAUACAGCCAAUACGGUAACCAUUAAUGUCAGUAGCCCUCAUAGUCCGGUGGAUGAAAUAACACAGCAGCACAAUAAAAUCAAUAAUUUGCUCAGUCGGCAAUCUAUGGUUGCCUCCAAUUCAACAAGUAGCAAUCGUGCUAUCAUACCCAUACGUGGCUCUGGCGAUGUAAAUUUGCAACGUUCAGCAUCUUCCACGUCGUCUGCGUCUACCAGUUCCAUGGUUAGUUGCUCGAGUAGUACUAGUAAUUCAAGUUGUUCGAAUCCGAAACGAGGCCGUACUUUAAUACGUUUAGAUUAUGAAAAAGAGAAAACGCAAUCUCACGAUGUUAGCGCCAACUUUACAAGUAGUACAACAAUCGAAAGCCCUAAUGAGGAAAUUAAUGUUAAAUGGCUGCCUCAUGAAGAAGAGUUGCUUAAGAUAUUACGUAAUCCUGUAGAAGCAGUAAAAAUGAACUUGGUACCUCACAUUUGCGGACGUCAAGAUGCGCCCAGCGAUCAAGAUCUACUGCGCAGCAAAAAAAUGAAAGACGGUCAGACAGAUAUUCAACUGCUUCCUCAAUCGCCUCCUUCACCGUUAAGAUCUCCGAAAAUUAAAACACCGGAAAAUGAUUCAUUUAUAGCCAAACUAUUAGAAGAUCCCAUGCUAAGCCAAGUAGCCGACGGCUUAGAAACCGAGACAGUAGCUGAACUCAUCGAAAACUCAUUGAAACGCUUGCAAGACUCACGAAACUCCGUGGAUAUGUCUGGUACCAAAGAUAGCGACGAUAUGAAUCGAUUAAUUACUUUAUCUUUGAAAAAGAUUCAAGAAGAGAGAGCUCACAAGCUUAUGGAAAAUAAUCAAGCAACUCUAUUGCAAGUUCCCACCAAAGAUGAAGAGCGUCUGUCGAAUCGAGGCAGCAUAAGUUCGGCGAAUAGUUUCGCCUCAGCUCAUAAUUAUGAAAUGUUCGAAUUUGACAAUAACGAGUCCGAUUGCUAUCAGAGCUGCUCAAGUGAAAUUAUUUCGCUUAUGGACGAUGAUACAUGCAAUCAAGAAACGCGCUCCAAAUUUUAUCAAAUGUUAGUCGAUGCCACUCUUGCCGAAAUUGAAUUAACUGCUACGAUGGAAGAAAAUUUAAAUCACGAUACAGAAGACGACGAGCAUCAAUACGAAUCGAUACGCUUGACUACUGAUCCAAUUUAUGAGGAAAUCUCAGAUAUUCCUCCACCCUUACCUUUAACGGCGCCACCUGUAAAUGAUGCGGAACAAGAAAAAAAAGCUACUCGUUCUAUAUUCGAAGGAGCUUCAAAAUAUGAUAUACUCUCCUAUUUAGUAGAUGCGAAGGAAAGGGGUGUUGUGAAAGAGGAAGAACCAUUCAGUUAUCCAUUAAGUACUUCUAAUCCGAUCAUUAUUGAGGAGGAAUCUCUCGAUACGGUUAGCGAUUUAAGUAAACGUGACCAAAAGAAAUUGGAUACUAUUAGCUCUAGAUCGUCAGCUCUAAGUGAUUCUUCGGAAGAUAACCAAAGUACCAUGAGUUCUUUAUCACCUCCCCCGGCCAACAGUUUUAUGCUUUUACGCAAUAAGGGGGCAGCCAGUGAUAUAGAACGUAAUGAUUCGGGAGUGGGUUCAGAAACUAGCAAAAGUUCACGGAGCAAAUUCCAAAGCAAUCAGAAUUCGUCGCUAUCUGCAACUAAGCAAGUCUGCUCCAGUCCGUUGCAUCUUUGUGAAGACUGUGAUGGACCCGUAGAAACGCAAAUGGGUGAAGAUGGAGUUCUGUUUGCUCCUCUGGUGUGUCGUAAGUGCGGCAAAAAACGUAUUGAACGCAAAGAAAUUAUAACUGAAAUUGUGGAAACGGAAGAGAAGUACGGUCGAGACCUGCAAAUCAUACUCGAAGAGUUUUGUCAGCCUAUGCUAGUAGCCGGUCUGCUUACACAAGAGCAGCUCUCCGCAAUCUUCUUAAAUACCGAAGAAUUGCUUGAGAACAAUCAAACUCUUGCUGAGCGUAUGCGUGACGCCCUUGAUAUAGCUCUGGAGCAGGGUGACGAUGAUCUGCUUACGGUGAAUAUUGGUAAAAUAUUCCUGGAAUCUACGCAAAUGUUGCAUGCCUUCGAAAGUUAUUGCGUACGUCAAGCCGCAGCCAGUCUGUUAUUGGCCAAUCUUGAGAAAGAGAAGGAAUUAUUGCGAAUCUUUCUGAAGGUCUCUCAAAUGGAAAAUGCUGUCCUAAGACGUAUGAAUCUCAAUUCAUUCCUGAUGGUACCAGUGCAACGUGUUACCAAAUAUCCUUUGCUGUUAGCUCGUUUAUAUAAAGUGACACCGGCUCAUCUAGAGGGACGUGACCAGCUUAAGCAGGCACAGGAAAAAAUUGAAUUACAUUUGAAUCAUAUCAAUCAGGAAGCAAAAGAUGUGCCAACGAAACUUUGGCGUCGUAUCUCGUCUUCAAGUCCAAAUCGACGUGCUUCCUGUGAAAUCGAUAUGAUAAAUAUCAAACUACGGAAAAUGGCUAUCGAUGUGCUUGAAUGGAAUCACGAUGAAGUACGUUUCGCCAUGGAAGGUAAACUGUUGUAUACGCAACCGACCGAUAGCAAUUGGAAAAAAGCUCGCACCAUCAAACUAACACCGGUAAAUGCUCUACUGGUUACAAACGGAAAGCCAAGUGCCAAUUAUAAAGCAGAAAAAGUCAUGUCAGAUAAACUGAAUUUCCCGAAGCAUACCGGAAUACGAGAAGCUUCAUUGUUGGUGGUCAAAGAAAAGUGCGGACGUUAUACAUUGAUACGUGAACCAUUAUAUCUGGACAGAUGUGUCGUAUGCAGUGAGGCCGAUUGGGAUGAAUACUUUGAGAUACAAGAGAUCUCAUCGAAGGAUACAUUCAUAUUUAAAGCUGAGGACAAUGUACGCACUAAACAAUGGUAUACACAGUUGCAAUAUCAUGCACAAGGUAUGGGUGGCUGGCGCAAAAGACGAAAUGCUUUGGCCAAUAUUAUGAUCAAUGGAAUGCUGGCACGCAGUUAAACUAUAUUUUAUGUGUAUAUCAACUAUAAAUCCCGUAGAGUAUAUUACCAAGAAAAAUAAUAAUAACAACAAAAACAACAACAACAAUU